ACGAGUCCCGGAAGCAUGUGCUUCACCAAGCCUAUCACAGCUAUGUCAAGACAACAAGGCUCCCGUCGAGAUCUGGCCUGGGGAUAUAGGGAAGACUGAACAGUUUACCCAGACUCCUUCUGCUCACUAUGCUUCAUCGUUACCAAACCUCAAUGAUCCCUUAGAUUACCCCGAUCCCGGCAGUCCAGGUUCCACACUUGGUGCAGAUGGCCUCUCUUUCAGGGAAAAGCAGCUUGAUGUUCUAUGCUAUAAUGAAAAAGCUUCCGCGGGCGCCAAUGCCGUUGUAGCAGACACUGGUUUUCUUCCAAACAAACUCUUGAAUCUCCAAGGGAUGGGCCACCUGCCAGUUCCAUCUAUAACGAAUGUCAUCUGGACCCUGCAUCCUCUCGUGCUUCUUUCAUCAAGGACUGUAGCGAGCCAAGAACAUUUACGGGCAUUACCAAUGCAGAAUUGGAUCAGUCAGGUCGCAAGACGCAACUAUACUGCAAAAAGAAGAAGACUUCAAAAGAAGAGACCGGAGCCAAGGCUGCUUCCGAUAAAACAUUGCGGGUUAAACAAAUGAAGCUGUCUGCUCUAAUAUCAAGGCUAAGCACUGCUCAACCUCCACCAAUCACUGUUUGUUGGGACCUUGAGUUACCUGAGGGAUGUUGCCGUGGAAAAGCAUCUAUCAAGGCUUUGAUUGUGCACGAUGAAACCCAUCCAGGACAAAAUGACGAUUCACUAUGGAGGAAUUCAUGGAGAAGUUCAUACUGGGAAAAGGAAAAAUGGAUGAUCCCUAUAUUUCAUGCAGGGUCAACGUAUGGCACUGUUGGGCAUUGGAUGCUUGCAAUCAUCGACCGACCCUCAAAAAAUGUGCUUAUAUUCGACAGUAUGGCGUCUAGAGACCUAUUUGAACAAUACAGCCUCACUGUUUUCAAUAUGGUGGAGAGAUUGAUGAAUUUAUGUGCUAAAAACAGCAAGCUCAUCAUGAAUGACGGCACAAGUUCAGCCCGGUGGACAUCUCAGCCUGUGAUUAAAGACGCUUGUCAAACCAACGGUUAUGAUUGUGGUGUAUGGGUGUUAGCGACAGUCUCAGCAUUGGUUCGGGAAGAUAAAGUAGGAACAGACCUACAAGAGAAGGAUAUUCAGGGAUUUCGAGGAUACCUCCUAUCGCUGAUAUUUCAACACUGCAAGGCUACUAGUGACAUCACCCUCUGA